AAAGAGGUGGAGUUAACCAGUGGUUCCGCAGUCAUUGUCGAAAAAGGGAGUACUUUAUAUAUUGCGCUUUGUAAUGCUGGAAAAACACUGUCUAGCUUCUCUCACCUGUCAGUAUGGACACACAGAUACAGUGAAGCAUCCGAAGUGAAGCGGCUGGAAUUGAAUUCUGAUCAGAGUUUGGUGCUAAGGGAGGUGCAGUCAUGGUACAGGAGUAUCAGUCCCCUGUUCGGAUUUACAAGCAUCCAUUUGAGUUAAUUAUGGAGGCCUAUGUGAGGAGGUUUCCAAAGUGCCAUUUGAUCUCAGUGUUUGUGGACUCCGAGAUCAUCAACCAGAGCCAAAGUGAGGAUGGAUCAGUGGUGGUGACGGAGAGGCGCUGCACGAUCGACAUUGAAGCCCCACGACUCCUCAAACGGAUUGCAGGUGUAGACUAUCUGUACUUCAUCCAAAAGAACACUCUGAACCGCCAAAACAGGACACUCCACAUCAAGGUCCACAAUGAGACCUUUUCCAACAGAGUCAUUAUCCAUGAGUCCUGCAGCUACACGGUUCAUCCAGAGAAUGAGGACUGGACGUGUUUUGAACAGACUGCCAGUCUUGAUAUCAAGUCCUUUUUUGGUUUUGAGAGCACAGCAGAGAAGAUAGCGAUGAAACAAUAUGGUAGCAGCAUUAAAAAGGGUAAAGAAAUUAUUGAGUACUACCUCAGAGAGCUGGAGGAAGAAGGAAUAACUUCCAUACCUCGCUGGACGCUCCCUGCUGUCUCUGGUAGUGUCAAAGCGAGGCUCCAGCUGCCGGCCCCCUCUGCUGCCAGAGCCAUCCCAGGGAACAGUGCUAAAGCUGGGUUGUCCAGGAAAGAUCCGGCUGGUCCCACAGAGCUACUAGCCAGUUCACCUGAUGACAAGUUGGAUGCUGACUACAUUCGACGUUACCUUGGUGAUCUAACGCCUCUGCAAGAGAGCUGUCUUAUUCGGCUGCGUCAGUGGCUCCAGGAAAAUCACAAGGGCAAGAUUCCAAAGGAUCAGCAUGUACUACGCUUCCUCAGGGCCAGGGAUUUCAAUCUCGAAAAGGCCAGGGAGUUCCUGUGCCAGUCACUUACCUGGAGGAAGCAACAUCAAGUGGAUUUCCUGUUAGACACAUGGGAGCCCCCACAACUGCUUCAGGAUUAUUACAGUGGAGGCUGGCAUCACCAUGAUAGAGAUGGCCGUCCUCUGUAUAUCUUGCGUUUGGGUCAAAUGGACACUAAGGGCUUGGUACGAGCUUUAGGAGAAGAGGUGCUACUAAGACAGAUUCUGUCCGUCAACGAGGAGGGACUGAGGCGCUGUGAGGAGAAUACCAGAGUCUUUGGUCGACCCAUCAGCUGUUGGACUUGCCUGGUAGAUCUGGAGGGCCUGAACAUGCGUCACCUGUGGCGACCAGGUGUAAAAGCCCUGCUGAGAAUCAUCGAGGUGGUUGAGGCCAACUAUCCUGAAACUCUGGGUCGCCUGCUCAUACUGCGAGCUCCUCGAGUUUUUCCUGUGCUCUGGACCCUGGUCAGCCCCCUGAUUGAUGAGAAUACUCGUAAGAAGUUCCUCGUUUAUGCUGGAAAUGACUACCAGGGCCCAGGAGGCCUAGUGGACUACAUCGACAGAGGAAUUAUCCCUGAUUUCCUACGAGGAGACUGCAUGUGUGACGUCCCUGAGGGCGGUAUGGUCCCCAAAUCUCUGUACAGGACAGCAGAGGAAGUGGAGAGUGAAGAAAACUGCCUGCUGACUGACUCCAUCUAUAAGGGUGCCAGUAUCUUCAAGGGAGCUCCGUAUGAGAUGCUGAUUGAGAUCACAGAGGCCUCCUCCGUCAUCACCUGGGACUUUGAUGUGUCUAAAGGAGAUGUGUUCUUUAAUAUCUACCAUUCUAAGAGGCCUCCAAAGAAAGAUGCUGGAGCCCACAGCAUCACCUCCCUGGGGACUGUUAAUGCCCAGCUGAUAGACAAGAGCUGGGUGCUGGGCCAGGACUACAGCAUGGUGGAGAAAGCCCUCAUCUGCAAGGAGGGAGAGAGUGUGCAAGGCUCCCACAUAACUCGCUGGCCCGGCUUCUACAUCCUCCAGUGGCGCUUUCACAGCUCGGCAGCCUGUGCCGCCUCCAGCCUGCCUCGUGUGGAUGAUGUACUGGCCUCUCUGCAGGUCUCCUCCCACAAGUGUAAGAUCAUGUACUACACCGAGGUGCUGGCCUCCCAUGACUUCAGGGGAUCUAUGAGCAGUCUGGAGUCUUGUCAGAGUGGUUUCUCUCAGCUCAGUGCUGCCACGACUUCUUCUAGUCAAUCACAUGCCAGUUCCACGAUUUCAAGGUAGCAUUUGUCCAAUCAGUGUCCAAAGGAAACACUGACCAAAGCUCACUGAUGCCGAACUCUGCCAUAUCUUCAAAGACAAUUUUUCAACUCAUAAAUAUAAAUUUUAAACAGACAAAUAUCAAUGAGUCUUUGCUACUGUUUCAGUGGAUCAGUAAAGUUUCAUUUUUUCAGGUUUAAGGAACUCUGUUUUAAUGUACUUGUUGUUUUGUUUGUGUAAUAGUGUACAGUGUAUCAAUACAGAUGAAAAUAUCACAUGUGUGUUAUCUAGGAAGAUGAUUUCAAUAUGACAUUACAGAAAAUGAUUUUUAUUUAGUUUAGAUAAGUAUAAAUAAGAAAAAAGCGUCAAAGUAAAAUAAUAUACGUUUGUGCAAUGCAGUGUCUGUUCUUGGUGUUUCCUCUAUUGUCCACAAGAUGUCAGUGUGCUCUGAGACUUGAACUGCUCUCAGAUCUGCAGUGUAUUUAGUACUUGCGGUUUAGCUCACACACUUCAUCCAGUCAUCUAGGAAAUCAAAAAAAAAAUUGUUUAAAUAAGCACUGCAACCCCAGAAUAAAUCUGAUGUCUCCAGACAGUGAAGCAAAGGUGUUUGGAGUCGUGACAGCAGCAGCAGCGCUGUAUAGGAAGGAGUAAUUUCAAAUAAGCACAGAGAUGGUUAUUAUUAUUUGUUUUAAUAGACAAGGUGUAAGGAAAGAGAAGAUAAGAUGAAAUCUCUUUUUUGGAAUACACUCUAGAUUUCCAGUAAUGUUGUUUUUUGGCUUGUUAGGCAUCGAUGCUCAGUUUUCUGAGGCAAUUAAUAUGAAUGCAAUAUAGUGCAGCCCCUUGUGAUGUGGCACCGGGCCAGGCACACAACUGAUUUGCAUAAAACUUUAAUUUCCAUAAACUUAUCAGAUGCUUCCAGCUCAAGCUUAAUUGAAUUUUCCUGUGUGUUUUUUUUUUUUUUUUUUAAUCUUGGUUUGCAACUUGUUCCAUGUUGCUGCUUAUCCCAACACAUUUUGAAGACUGGCCGAUUGAGUUUUGUGAGAUGCUGAUUGAACCGGAGCCCGGCCUCCUGCUGGCAUGUCAGGGUUGUUAGAAAGAGAAAGAGAACUGACUUUGCCAGAAGCCUAUUUACUGUUUCACUCAGCUUGCUCUAAUGACCUCCCAAGACCCCCAUUGUGCACAUAAAUAAUAGCAUCCCUUUCUAAUAUGCUAUUAAAACAUUUUUGUCUUGAGCAGUUGA